UUUUUUUCUUGAAGUGUAGACGAGCAAAGAAGAAAGAGACGGAAAUUAAAGAAACACUCGGAGACUCUUUAAAAGAGUAGGCAACGUAGAUCUCACAUGGUACAUCGAUCUUGUCUGAUCUUCUCUCAUCUGUUCUUCACAUGGCGGGGAACCCUUAUUUCCAAGAUUCUUUCCACAUAUACCACGAUUUUAAUUUUGGUGGGAGCAGUAGCAACAGCAACAGCAAGAACAAGAUCUCUCCUCCUCCUCCUCAGGCCAUUAAUAUAGUCGAAGAAGAAGAAGAAGAGAACGUUAUCAAAGAACAAGACAUGCUUCUUCCCAUAGCCAACGUGGGAAGGAUCAUGAAGAACAUUCUUCCGCCCAACGCAAAGAUCUCGAAAGAGGCGAAAGAGACGAUGCAAGAAUGCGUAUCGGAGUUCAUAAGCUUCGUCACGGGAGAGGCUUCCGACAAGUGCCACAAGGAGAAGAGGAAGACGGUGAACGGCGACGAUAUUUGUUGGGCCUUGGGGAAUCUAGGGUUUGAUAACUAUGCAGACCAGUUGAAGAAGUACUUGAACCGAUUUCGAAUGAUUGAAGGAGAGAGAGCUCACAGCGCCAAAGGAGCAACUCAUCACCCCACUAACCGAUGAGUGACUCUUCUUCUAUGUUGGUUCUUGACUUUUCAUUCUGUGUUCCAGUAGCUGCCUUCUUAUAUCAUAUAUAUAUAUAUAUAUGUAUGAUAUCAAUUAAUAAUCGGUUGAUGAUUUUGUUGGCUUGUGGUUUGAUAUAUAUCUUUGUUGUUGUGGUGGUGUGUACACAUAUCAGGCGUUGUUUUCAAGAAUUAGGGUUUUGCUCUGACUAAUUUCAGACAAUUCAUGU